AGCACGUUUGUUGUGGUUUGGCUGUUGAGAGCCGAGUACGACCUGUCAUGGGUCAGUCAAUUUUUUUGGGAGAGGCACAGUCAGUGGUCGUAUCGAAAACAUGAAAAAAGGCGUUUCCAGAGACAUUUUGUGUGGCUACAUGUGUCAUAUAGCUGACGGAGAUUGUCGGGACAGAAUCGCCUUCCCCUGCUUGCCAUCAACCUUCCUGGUACGUUACACUCGGUAGCAUUCAAUUCGUAGUCGACCAGCCCAUGUGUGAGCCAUAUGUCAGAAGUCCGAAAUGAUGACGUUUGUCGGUUUGGAGUUGAGCUGAACAGUAGCCCCUUGUCUCUCACAAGAACACACGCCGCUCAGCUACGGGAUUCCGUAUAAUUUGUUGACUUUUGUUUUAAACUUGAUGGAUGGCCAACAGGAGGCGGUUAUCAACCUCGCACAUUCUUCUAGUGUGCUUGGCUCUGACGCUGGUGUUUUGUCUCUACCUUGCCCGAUAUCCGUUACCAGAUUCUACACAGUGCCAAUGCCCACCCAAAGAAAGCGACUCCGUGCAGACGGAUGUUCGAACUGUCCAGACACCAGCUACAGUUGACCGGUACAAAUCCAACCACACCCUGGCAGUUGUUGUGCCUCUGAGAGACAGGUUUGAAGAAUUGAUGGAAUUUGUACCUCACAUGCAUUCAUUUCUUAACAAUCAAAACGUUCGUCACAAGAUUUAUGCUGUGAACCAGGUUGAUAAUUUUAGGUUCAACCGAGCAUCUCUUAUAAAUGUUGGUUUUCGUGAAAGCAGUGAAGUGUCUGAUUAUAUUGCCAUGCAUGAUGUGGAUCUUUUGCCUCUAAACCCAGCUCUCAGCUAUUCCUAUCCAGAAAACGGACCUUUUCAUAUUGCUGCACCUAAUCUCCAUCCUCUAUAUCACUAUAAAACAUUCGGGGGAAUACUUCUCCUGAAAUCAUCCGAUUUCAAAUUGCUGAAUGGUUUGUCAAACCGAUACUGGGGUUGGGGUCGUGAGGAUGAUGAAUUCUACGUUAGAAUGAGGAAAGCUGGGAUUAUUGUUCAAAGACCUCAAAAUAUAACGACAGGAAACAAAACCUUCCGACAUGUCCAUGACAGGAAGAGAAGGCCCAGGGAUAACAAGCGUUACUUUGACCAACGGAACAAGACAAGAAGGCUGGACAGGGAGACUGGGAUGUCAACAGUUGAAUAUAACAUCGCCAGUAGAAGAGAACUGACUAUAGACAAUGCUCCAGUGACCAUACUAAAUGUGAAAUUAACGUGUGAUGUCAAGUCAACCCCAUGGUGCUUGCAGCCCGAAGAUCAUGAAUGGUAUUUACAAAACUAUUCACAGAACAAUGUUCAAUAAGUUAUGUUUGUAAGUUAAAACAUUAUGUUUUGUUGGUGUUUUAAUGGUUAUACUUGUGGAAAUGUCUCCAAGGGCAAUAUUAAUCAUGUUUAUCAACCUCAUGCCUCAUGUAUCCAGGCUGUGCAGAAUAUGAAUAUAUCAAGUAUUAAUACUGUUAAUCAAUGCUAAUUUUCAGACCUGUAUAUAUCACUCAAAGCUUCUCCCCACUAUAGCUUACAUACUUAUAUGAACCUUGUUAAACAUGUUAAAAAUAGUUAUUCUAUUUGCCUCCUUUUUAUGGUUGUAGCUUAUUCAAAGAUGUAUGCAGACUCCUUGUCAAAAAGAUAAUGAUAAGGUCACUUUUUAAAUAUGUAUUAUUUCUGUUGAUGUUUUAGAAACAGGUAGGGAAGGAUGGAUUUAUUUUUCUACUGUAUUUCCUAAGUAGGUCACAGAUCUUUUAAAGUGAACUUGAUUUUAAGGUACCACUUGACCCCUUUUGGUCCCGCCCUCUUCUGCUUGAUGUACACUUCCCAGGGAGUAGAGAAUAAAAUGCACACUGAUGCACCUAUCAUGGUCGAAGUUCAUUUGAGAAGUUCCAAAUUGGAAAGUCUACAGAUCCUAAUAACCCUUAGUAAUGACAAUAAUGAAUAAUGAGACUGGUCCUUCGUUACACUAGGAACAGGAUGAAUAGCCAGUUUAAACUUUUAUGAUCUGGUGCCAAAACAGGAUUUGAAUUUAAAAGGUAGUUUUUAAUAGUGCUAACAAAUAUGUUAUUUGUAUUAGGGGCAGGUGCAAUUUUAAGAGUAGAUUGGUAGCAUGCAACAAGAAAUAUAUUUUAUUAGGUUUAACUAAACCAUUAUGCUUUUUAUGUCGUAUAUUUUUAUUUCAUGGUAACAUCUUCAGUAUCAUGUCGUGUGUUCUUUCAUUGCUUGUAAACAAAACCUACAUCAGGAGUAUAGAAACUCAAAAACAUUUUAACAAUGUGAAGAUAUGUGUCACAAAUUUCAUUUUAUAAAACUUUUUGUUUAUCAAAUUAUCAUGUUGAAGAGCUUUAAUGAAUCUUCCAAUUUUGACAUGUUUUAUGAAUGAAGAUAUAUUUUAUGAGAAUGGUAAUAAACCUGUUUUAUAAAAUGCC